UUAAAUCCACCUUUUCUGCUAAUUUUUUAGCAAGACAAUAAUGUUGGACUUGGAUUGCUGAGUUUGAGGCGGUUCUUCACCCUAUUGGACUUGGCUUCUUUAAAAUUAAAUUCAGAUUCAGAUCAUCCAACCGAAGAUAAUAACAAAUAACAACUCAUUUAUUCCUUGUGUUUUGUUUGGUGACUUGGUCGUUGUCGUCGUCUUUUCUUCUUCAAUAGAGUCAGAAUGUCUUACGCUUACCUCUUCAAGUACAUAAUCAUCGGUGAUACUGGAGUGGGGAAAUCAUGCCUCCUCCUUCAGUUCACCGACAAACGGUUUCAGCCGGUACAUGAUCUUACCAUCGGGGUCGAAUUCGGGGCCAGGAUGAUCACCAUCGAUAACAAACCCAUUAAGCUGCAAAUCUGGGACACCGCAGGUCAAGAAUCCUUUAGAUCCAUCACAAGAUCCUACUACAGAGGAGCUGCUGGUGCCCUGCUUGUCUAUGAUAUCACCAGGAGGGAAACUUUUAAUCACUUGGCUAGCUGGUUGGAGGAUGCCAGACAGCACGCUAAUGCUAACAUGACUAUUAUGCUGAUUGGUAAUAAGUGUGACCUUGCUCAUAGAAGGGCUGUAACCACCGAGGAAGGCCAGCAAUUCGCCAAGGACCAUGGUUUGAUCUUCAUGGAGGCCUCUGCUAAAACUGCUCAGAAUGUUGAAGAGGCAUUUAUAAAAACUGCUUCAACCAUAUACACCAAGAUUCAGGAUGGGGUUUUGAUGUCUCAAAUGAGGUUCUUACCUCUUCUUAACCAUGCUUACAUUUGGUAG